AUGGAUCGACCUAUGGAUCGACUACCCCCAGAGGUCAUAUCCCUGAUCUGCAGUCAACUAUGCUUCCACUGCUGCUACCCAGAUACGAUGCCCAAUGACGACGAUACCGCGAUCCAAAAGCGCAAGACAGCACUCGCGCGCUUCACCAGAACGUCGAGAAGAAUCGAGAUUAUCGCGCGCCCCAUCUUGUAUCAUUACUUCUCAGCGGGCUCCUAUCCCGAAGGGCCGCGGUCUACUAUUUUCGAAGGGUUUGUAGACACUCUGAUCAGGCAUCCACACCUGGCAGAGUAUGUUCAGACUCUCCAGCUACAGUGUCCAGGCGUCCAGGUCCAUGAUAACCACCAACUGGACCAUGGCAACCACCAACUGGACCAUGGUAAUUACCAGCUGAACCAGAUCGAUCAGCAGCAGUCAGAGCGGCUCAGAGAUGAGCUCGGAAUUACUUGGAAACUUGCUGACGUUCGUAACGGGCUGCUGCCAAGACUCGGCUAUUAUACGUAUUCACAUAUAUUGCGUCGCCGGUGGCUGGAAGAAAUCUGCAUCCUGCUCGCGCCCAACCUAGAGGCGCUGUACCUCAAGCGCUCCGCCGGCCUGACGUUCGCACAGCUGGCCGAAUCGAUUUCGAACCUCCGCGCCAGCGGACGGGAGCCCCGGGCGCUCAGCAAGCUGAGGACAUUCAUGCUGCAUGAGGACUUCUACGAUCCUGGAAGUUUCGAGGCCUACAGCGAUUUCCUGCUCAACGUGCCGAGCCUCGAGACCUUCUACUACCUACCCGGACACACUGGACGUUCGCUUGGCGGCAACUCCCUGAGCCAUCAGUCCAAGUUCGACCAAGUCUAUGCCGGCCACACUCUCGGUGCCGUCAAGACGCUGAUGCUGACAGCCCCGGUGGUGGGCUUCCUGCAACGCAUCCUCCCGCUGUUCCCCAACCUGGAAGAACUCGGCAUAAACUGGGCUCAACCCGAGAUCGAUUACCCGGCACUGGCUGCCCUGGCCAGCCCGACCAGGAUCAAGACUCUGCGUACCUGCAGCCUAACCAUGGGGUUCAUGACCGCCUCUGGGCGCGUGACACGGCCAUACGAGUACCGCCUGGGCCGAGACCGGUACGAGACCCUGCCGCCGGACGCGCUGACGGCCUUUGAGAACCUGGAGGACCUCACUCUGGACCAGGCCGCGUUCCACUACGGCGGCGCCGAAGACCCCCCUCCUCCACAGGGCGGAGCCACCGCCGCCCCAGCGAGCCAAGCCGACAAGACGGACAAGGACCAGCGCCUCGUGGACGUGCUGCCGAGCUCCCUCCGGCACCUGCGCGUCACCUGCGUGUACCGGACCAUGCUCAACGACUUGGGGCAGCUGGCCGGCGUGCACCAGGAGCGCUUCCCUGCGCUGCGCACGGUUACACUCGGCUUUGUCGACGUGAUGGAGGAGUAUCGGAGGGAGGAGAUCAUGAUCAUGAGGGAGUGGGCUGCGGAUCUGUUCGAGGACACCUCGGUGAUCCUGUUCUUGGGUCCGGUGAGCUGGGGGAACGAAGAUGAGUCGGGAUCAGAGGAGCUAUGA